AAAAGGUUAGUUUCGCCUAAUAUUUCAUUAGUAAUACUCAGCUCGAUCAUGAAUCAAGUCAUGAAAGAAGAGAAGGGGUCAGUGGUAGUAGGAGCAGGCCAGUCAAAUAAUAAAUUCACAACAGCGUCUUUUUCGCAUAAAUUCACCAAUCUUAACUUGGAAAUGCCUUUUCUGAAGCCCGAAUUAUCUCUCAGUUCACCCGAUUUCUAUUUAAACGGGAUAUUCUGGUCUUUUAGAUUGUAUUUGAAAGAGGAUCCAAAGAGCGACGUCGGUUUGCUCCUGCAGUCGUAUUGUGAUUAUUCCAGAACUUUUCAGAAAAGAAAUCUGAAAAUAGCUGUCAACUUUACAAUGUACGUAGUGACGACAGCUACCGACGGCAAUAUCUCGUACAGUUCCGGACCGGAGCUCAAGACUCUUGAUUCAACAUCGAAACACGGAAAUGGGAUGGGCGUUCUUUUCAUUAUGAAGGAAAAACUUUUGAGCCAUCCAUUUUUAUACAUCCCGGAUAAUGUAUUAACUAUUGGAUGUGAGCUGAAUUGGGCUUACCAUUUUCAGAAUAUGGAAACUCUACCUUCUCCAAAAAACCCCUUCCCUUUGAAACCGAAUUCUUUUGAAAAGUUAUUUAAUAAUCCUAAAUUCAACGAUUUAAAAAUCUCAACUGGUGGCCAAAUUUUCAAUACAAGCAAGUUGAUACUUUGCGAAGCAAGCGAUGUCUUCGAACAAUUGAUUUUUUCGGAGUCACCUGAUGGAAGGAAUACCAUCCACAUAGAGGAUAUCAAUGCAGAUGCAUUUGCAGGUGUACUGCGCUACAUCUUAUGUAAAGUCCUUCCCGAUCUGCAGUUAGACAAGCAUGCAGAAGAUUGGCUUAAAAUAACUCACAAAUUUAAACUUCACGCGUUACAGAACGUACUCCAAAAAGGAUUUCUUCUGCAGCUGAAGCCUACCAAUGCAUUUAUGUGCUUGAAAACUGCAGACAAAUACUCAAUUGCAGAUCUGAGAAAGAAAUGUAUACAAUACAUCCAAGAAAACUGGAACGAAGUGGUGGCGAAUCACGGAGUAGCAAAAUUUACUAGCUGCCCUGAUAAUACUCAUAAUAUUGAAGAGUUGCAGAAAUCCGUGGAGCUGCUAGCCGAAGUAACGGAAAAUCUUCCAUUAUGUAAAAGGCCGCGAUUGAAUUAAUUGUAGUUUUUGAUUAUCUAAAACCUGAUAGUAGACAGGCCAUAAAGGAUAAAGCUCAAAAAUAAUGAAAUGAGUGAAAGAAAUACAAGGUGUAUCAUCACCAUAGCCCACGUAAGUAACGGCCACUCAACGUA